AUGUCUUCAUUUGGUCGUUUCUUCACUGUCACCACCUAUGGUGAGUCGCAUUGUAAAUCCGUUGGCUGCAUCGUCGAUGGUGUUCCUCCAGGUAUGUCUCUUACUGAAGAUGAUAUUCAACCACAGAUGAGCAGAAGAAGACCAGGACAGUCGAAGUUAUCGACACCAAGAAACGAAAAGGACAGAGUUAUGAUUCAGUCUGGUACCGAGUUCGGCAAGACUCUGGGAACUCCAAUUGGAAUGAUUGUCAUGAACGAGGACCAGAGACCACAUGAUUACAACGAGAUGGACUUGUACCCAAGGCCUUCUCACGCGGACUUCACUUAUUUGGAGAAGUACGGCAUCAAAGCCUCUUCUGGUGGUGGCCGUUCUUCAGCUAGAGAAACUAUUGGCCGUGUUGCCGCAGGUGCUAUUGCAGAGAAGUUUCUAAAGCAGCUGUCUAACGUAGAGAUUGUCGCUUUCGUUACUCAGAUUGGCGCCAUCAAGAUGAACAGAGACCCCCUCGACAAAAACUUCCAACACCUUCUGAAUACAAUCACUAGAGAAAAGGUUGAUAGCAUGGGACCCGUCAGGUGCCCAGACUCCUCUGUGGCCGAGGACAUGGUUCACGAAAUUGAAAAAUACAGAGGCAACAAAGAUUCCAUUGGCGGUGUGGUUACUUGCGUCAUUAGAAACUUGCCUGUUGGUAUUGGUGAGCCUUGCUUCGACAAGCUAGAGGCUAUGCUUGCCCACGCAAUGCUGUCCAUCCCUGCAUCCAAGGGUUUCGAAAUUGGUUCUGGCUUCGAAGGUGUUGCGAUCCCAGGCUCGAAGCACAAUGAUCCUUUCUACUUUGAUGAAGAAACCAAGACCCUACGUACCAAAACCAACAACUCUGGUGGUAUCCAAGGUGGUAUUUCCAACGGUGAAAACAUUUACUUCUCCGUACCGUUCAAGUCCGCGGCCACCAUCUCUCAGGAGCAACCUACUGCUGCCUACAACGGCAAAGACGGUGUCUUGGCUGCAAAAGGUAGACACGACCCUUCUGUUACUCCAAGAGCUGUGCCAAUUGUGGAGGCCAUGGCUGCUUUGGUUCUUGCUGACGCCGUUUUGAUCCAAAAGUCUCGUGAAUUCGCCAAAGGCAUUGUGAACUGA